AAAUAGAUAAAAAAAAUAUAGGAAUUAAGGUAAAAGGUUUCCAUUUUGUUACAAGAGAAGAUCCAGUAGUAUUUUGUGAGAGUCUUUUUUACAGAUAGAUCAGACACUUAACAUACAUACAUGAUACACAUAUAUAGUCACCCACUUUUUUGUUGAAGAAUUUUCCAGUACCUAUUCUUAGCUCUCUAGGAGUCUCUCCUUCUUCAUCAUCCAAUUAAAUAUCAUCUCUCUUUACCCUACUCUGUGAAAAAAAUAAAAAAAUUCCCAGAAAAAAAAUAAAAUUUUGGAAAGUAAUUGUGUCUGUUUGUGUAUAAGUAAGAGAUAGAUAGAGAGAGAAAGAGUAACAAGAGGAAGAACUAAAACUAGAAGAGAAGGUGUUCUUCUUGUUGUUGGGUACGAGCUAGUGAGAGUGAGGUGAGCUGGUUAUUAGAGAGAGGGAAAAUGGGUAGAGGAAGAGUGGAACUAAAGAGAAUAGAGAAUAAGAUUAAUAGACAAGUAACAUUCUCAAAGAGAAGAAAUGGUUUACUUAAAAAAGCUUAUGAACUUUCUGUUCUAUGUGAUGCUGAAGUUGGUUUGAUUAUCUUCUCUAGUCGUGGUAAACUCUAUGAGUUCGCUAGUGCCGGUAUGAACAGAACUCUUGAGCGAUAUCAGCAUUGUUGUUACACUCCUCAAGACAGCUCUACUGCCGAGCGCGAAACCCAGAGCUGGUACCAAGAAGUGUCAAAGUUGAAGGCAAAAUAUGAAUCCCUACAGCGCUCACAAAGGCAUUUGCUUGGAGAAGAUCUUGGACCUCUUAGUGUGAAAGAGUUGCAGAGUCUUGAGAAGCAACUCGAAGGAGCUCUUGCCCAAGCUAGGCAAAGAAAGACUCAAAUAAUGAUGGAACAGAUGGAAGAGCUCCGCAGAAAGGAACGACACCUUGGAGAUAUAAACAAGCAGCUGAAAAAUAAGCUUGAAACCGAAGGCCAAGGAUCAUUGAGAGCAAUUCAGGCAUCAUGGGAAUCUAGUGCAAUGGUUGCUAACAAUAACUAUUCUGUUCAUCCAUCUCAAUCUAAUUCCAUGGAUUGUGAACCCACUUUGCAGAUAGGGUACCACAACUAUGUCCAACAACACCAGCAACAACAACAGGAAGAAGCAAACCUUGCUAGGAAUGUUGGGAAUAGCAGUGAGAAUAACUUCAUCCAGGGAUGGGCCCUCUGAUGCCCAUCCUAAUGAUAAGCUUCAACCCCCUUCCCCCCAAAAAAAAUAUAGCGUCAUAUAUAGCUAAUAAUUUUAUUUUAUAUCUUUCAUGAUUUUUAAUGGUUAAAGUACAAUAUGUUAUAUGAGAAUGACAAACCUACGGUACAUUUGAUUAACUAUUCACAGGGUUUUUAAUUGCAAAUAUUGAUACUCAAAUCAGUCAUUUAUUAUUUUUGAGUA